GAGUACACACUAGAGCUCAUCGCGAGCAAGAAGUUCUACGCUGGAACCACGUCGUUUGUCAAUGGCGGGGUCACAAACAUUGUGAGCGAUACGAGCAUCCACUUGGCAGCAAAUGCAGAAACCCAAGCCUUACGCCACUAUGCUACACACAAGGACCUCCGCAUCAUCUACACAGUCGCUGAGAUUGCCUAUCGUCUGAUAGCCAACAAGAAAGACAUCACAUCCCCGGCGGAUCUGAAAGGAAAGAGGAUCGGCACGUUCCCUAGUACUUCGGCUGCGCAUUUCGUCGAGAAAUUGCUCGCCAGCGCCGGGCUGGGGGCCUCCGGUUACUCUGUGGUCUCCGGCAGUAUUUGCUCAGCUCACCUUGCAGUGCUGGAACGCUCCCGUAUAUGCUUCAGCACGGAUCUAUCGACGCAAUCGGGAUGUGGGGACCAACUGUACAACUUGCCAUCGACGCGAUUGGAGCGUCCAAUCUGGCGGUAUUCCAAGAUCAGACAGACGAUUUAUCGGGAGAUUUUCAACCUUCACAGCACCGCUACAAAGCACAAGGAUGCUGCAACGCGGAAAGGUAUCAUUGCAUUGCUCAAAGCCUUGAAUCAAGCCUUGAAUAUCUACAACACAGACCCGUCUAGCAUUUUUUCACAAGUUUCGUCGGCUGUUGGUGUGAGUGCUGCUGUACUGAAAGAAGUGUGGCCUGUUCAUUCGUUCAAUGGCACAAUCUUGGCUCCCGAUGUGCUGGACUUCCUGGUCCAAGAAGACGCAUGGGUUGCACAGCGAGAUCGAAGAAAUGCGAUGACGAAAGAGGAACUCACCAAUCUCAUCGAUCCAUCUGUGUUGGCAGAGGCGCUGGAAAGUUGAGAAUUGGGAAGAGCAGGGUAGCUGUGAAGGUUCGCGCUUGCACUCUAUAUAUUUUGGAUUUUUGGCAAGCCGGAAAUGGAAACCGCGAACACGGUCCCCUUUUACUUACUAUGUUGACAUCCUGACAACCUUACAACCUUUCCCAACCUUCUCCGCGCCAGCGCGUUCCAAGAUGUUGCACAAAUCACGCUUCGGCGAUG